UGCAGCCGAGCGUGCGGCCCGCACCUCACUUCUCCUUUGUAGGCCAGUUGGGGCUGGGGGCACUUGCAGCCCCCCCACAGCUGGCGGGACCGAGCGACCCUGCCUCGGGAGGGGGUGAGGGGCACCGGUGGCGGAGUUCCGACUCGGUCGGCGCCCAGUCUUUUUUUCUUGGUGGUUGAGAGAGGAGCCGAGCAGGCUUCCUUCUUGGAGAUUUCACCCUUGGGGGGUCCGGGAAGAGACAAUAUGAUCCUCUGUAUGCUUACUGGCUUUCUCCCAGUCGGCCUGGGUCCUUAGUUUCUUUUACUGGGCAAAGCUGACAACCCUGGGGCCUCAAGCAGCCUUGGUAGCCAGGUUUCUAUGACAACCUGAGGGUGCAAGGAAAGACCCUUGAUGGGUGUCUCAAACUGGUAGAAAGGAGUGAAGACCGAAGGAGGAGAAUGAAUCUAGAAAGUCCCCGGCCACUUGUCCCAGACUACAGAACCCCUCACUCUGAGCCCGGGAACCGGCCUCCCUGGUGCUCUGACCCAACUGCAUGGCGUGGGGUGCUGGGCUGCCUGGGACCUGAGGUCUCAGUGUUGUUUGGCUCUUCCGACCCCCCCCCCCUUCUGACGGUCUAUCAGGAUGCCCAGACCUGAGACACAAGGGGUGGUGGGGUCUGGGGAGGAAAGGCUGUUUUGGAGACUGUAGGCUCACUAUUCCCCCUAGGCUGAGCCCAGGAAGUGAUAAGGCCCCCGGGGAGAGGGGAGCUGGAAGAGCUGACUGGCCAGCUUACACCUGGAACAAGGGGUGGGAGGGAGAACUCAGAUCAGAGGUCAAGACCUUCAUCGCAGAUAAAGAGGGGUAGGUCUCCAAUUGAGGCCCUGAGUGAGCCGGCGGUGGGGCAGAGGGCAGUGGGAGUGCCGGCCACAUGCCCUCUGGACCUGCCAGUGAGCCGGCUUGCCGGAGGGAGCUGUGGAGGAGCGAGUUCUGUGCACCUCGGGGUCCUUAAUAUCACUGGGCUCCUGUGUUUGUCUGGAAGCGAACACUCCUCCCCAGGGAGGUAGAGAGGAGUGUGAGUAACUAGCUUGGACUGGGUGUCCAACGCCUAGAAAUUCCUCAGAAGGUGAGGACUGCCCCUCCCCCACCACUGCCUGCCGCAGCCUGCACCUCCGUGUCUGCACCUCCACCUCCACCCCCUGGCUCGGCUCUGCCUUCCGUCCAGUUUGGUGUGCUCAAGUUAAAUGGCCGAUAAGCAGAUCAGCCUGCCGGCCAAGCUCAUCAAUGGUGGCAUCGCUGGGCUGAUCGGGGUCACCUGUGUGUUCCCCAUUGACCUGGCCAAGACGAGACUACAGAACCAACAGAAUGGCCAGCGCAUGUACACCAGCAUGUCCGACUGCCUCAUCAAGACCAUCCGUUCCGAGGGUUACUUCGGCAUGUAUCGGGGAGCCGCUGUGAACCUGACCUUGGUCACUCCGGAAAAGGCCAUCAAGUUGGCUGCCAAUGACUUCUUCCGACAUCAGCUCUCUAAGGAUGGGCAGAAGCUGACUCUGCUUAAGGAGAUGCUGGCCGGCUGUGGGGCUGGCACCUGCCAGGUGAUUGUGACCACCCCUAUGGAGAUGCUGAAAAUCCAGUUGCAAGAUGCAGGCCGCAUUGCUGCCCAGAGGAAGAUUCUGGCUGCCCAGCUUUCACCUCAGGGGGGCACCCAACCGUCAGUGGAGGCUCCAGCUGCUCCUCGGCCCACAGCCACCCAGCUGACCCGUGACCUGCUGCAGAGCCGUGGUAUCGCCGGCCUCUACAGGGGCUUGGGGGCCACGCUACUCAGGGAUGUCCCCUUCUCCAUUGUCUACUUCCCUCUCUUUGCCAACUUGAACCAGCUGGGCCGUCCAGCUUCUGAGGAGAAGUCACCUUUCUAUGUGUCCUUCCUGGCAGGCUGUGUGGCUGGGAGCACAGCUGCUGUGGCUGUCAAUCCCUGUGAUGUGGUGAAAACUCGGCUCCAGUCACUCCAGCGUGGUGUCAAUGAAGACACGUACUCGGGGUUUUUGGAUUGUGCCAGGAAGAUCUGGCGGCAUGAGGGCCCCUCAGCCUUCCUUAAAGGCGCCUACUGCCGUGCACUGGUCAUUGCCCCGCUGUUUGGCAUUGCCCAGGUGGUCUACUUCCUGGGUAUCGCUGAGUCACUGCUGGGGCUGCUGCAGAACCCCCAGGCCUGAGCCCAUUGGCUGAGGUCUGAGCAGGGCGGCCAAACCUAGGUCUGAAUGAGGAAAGGUCUCUCCCAGGCCUCCCUAUCAACCAGGGAGGCAGGAGAAGGGUGCAGGGUCCAUGUGGGUGGGUGAACAUGCAGGCCUCUAUGGAGUCCUGCAGGGACAACCAUUGGGAUCAAGGUCUUAUUUAUGUAGAAAAUGCAGAAAUCUGUACAUUCCUCGAGCCAGUCCUUGACUCAGUCCUGCCUGGCCUGAUCACCCCAUGGGACAGAGCUGGUCUCUGAGCUGGGGCCCUCAGGCCUGUACUGGGCAGGCAGCCCCUACACCCGAGCUCACUGGCUUCUGUCUCUGAGGCUCUCCCUGGUCUACAAAGGGGACCCACAAAAAAUUAUUUAUUGAAUCUGCUGUGCCCAUGUGGCUCUGCCUGUCCUCCGUCCAUCAGUCCAUCCACCCCUGCUGCUCUUCUCGCCUUGGCCAGGACCUUACGUUGCCUCCCCAGUCAGCCUUACAAGAGGACUGGGGUGUCCUGCCCCUAUGUCAGACUAGGAUUCCCAGGCUGGGGGUGGGGUGGUGUCACACACCCAGUUCAGAUUCCGAGGGCACCCCCACACAUGCUCUAGGGGACUUCUGUUGGACCUUUGGGCCCCCACCUCAUGCAGAACCCAAUUUUUGUGAGGUCUGUGUGCACCUUUGGUGGGGGAAGGCUGUGCCCCCUUGCCACCAGCUGCCAUGCUACAUAGGGAUGGGGCUGUGGGUACUGCUGCCCCUUGCCAUGAGGCUAGGCACUGUGUGUUCCUGCGUGUGUCCCAGGCCCAAUAUUGACCCUUUCCAAGAAUUUAGUCCUCGUUUGGCCUCUCUUCUGAUACCCUCACCCCGGGAUUGGGAUUGCCCCGGGGGCAGGGGCAGAUAUGAGGGUCAGCAUGGGUCCUGGGGUUCCUUCCUCCGUGGGUGCUCCAGGCCUCCCACCCCCAGCCCUGGACCUUAAUGUAUUGUGAAUUAAGGCAGGCACCGCCCCCUGCCCCCCCCCCCCCGGCCAUGUGAUUGUGUUGGUGAUUGACUCUGAAGUGCUGGUGCUGUGUCCCUUAAGCCUGGCCCCCCUCCGUGGAGGCCCCUUCCCAGUGACACUACCUGGGGCUCACAGCUGGGCCCCCAGUUCACGGUUGCUCCUGGGAGCCGCCCCUCCCAUUAUGUCUGUACCUUGAAAGCUGCUGCUGUUGGUUGCUUACAGAAUUAUAUUUUUUCUUUUGAAGAGUUUUAAGAAGUUGUAACUUUUUGUGUCUUGUCAUGUAAGAAGAUAAAAUAAAUAUUCUAAGUAGA